AAUGAACAAUCAAUAUAACAAGCGAGGAAAUUAUAGACCUCGCUAAGAAGUGUAUGAAUAUGUAACAAAAGAGGAGUAUGAGUAAUAGUAAAUAGAACAGAAAUAGGAGCAAUAAUAAAAACAAUAUAAUCCUUAAAAAAAAUAGUAAUAACAUUUUUAAAAAAAUAAAUAUGAUAACGAAAAGCGAGAAUAGUAAUAGUAAUAGCAAAAUUAAAAUAAACACAAUGAUUAUAAAUAGUAUUAGAAACAAAAUAAUUAAAAAGACAACAAAAAUUAUCAAAAAAGAUUUUAAUCGAAUGUUGAGUAAGAUAAUGACUAUAGAAGAGAUGAGCCAUAACAAGAAGAAGGUAUUAAUUAAAAAGUAAUAUAAUAGAAACAUAGAAAUUUGAUAUAACAAAAGUGAAGUAAAAAGAGUUGACAUAGACCUUAAUAAAAAUGUUAAAAUAAAGAAAAAUAGAAUGUCCAGUAUGUUAUGAUAAAAUUCAUCCAUAACAAAAAAUAUGGAGUUGUUCUUAGUGUUAUUCACCUUUCCAUUUAUAUUGUAUGCAUAAAUGGAUAAAAAAUUUAAAUCCAAAAAACGUAAAUGAAUUGUUCAGUUGGAGUUGUCCAAAAUGCAAUUUAUUAAUAUAAGAUAAAUUACCAGAAUACACAUGCUUUUGUGGAAAAUAAAAGGAUCCAGAAGCAGACUCUUAUUCUGUUCCACAUUCAUGUUCAUAGAAAUGUUAAAAAAAGAGAGGAUAAUAUUGUCCACAUCCUUGUCCUAUGGAUUGUCAUCCUGGACCAUGUCCUGAAUGUCAUGUAUAAGGAGUUGAAUUAAAAUGUUUUUGUGGUAAGAAAACAAAAUAAAUGUAAUGCAGUGAGAUAAAGAAAGAUUUUUCAUGCGGUUAAUCUUGUGGUAAAAUGUUAAAUUGCAAUAAACACAUUUGUUAGAAAUAAGUAAUAAAUAUAAUAAAUAAUAUUAGUGUCAUAAUGGAAAUUGUUAACCAUGUAUAGAGAUUCAUGAAGUAUAAUGUUAUUGUGGAAAUGAAAAGAAUAGUAUAAAUUGUGCAUAAUCCUCUUAUUCAUGUGGUAAAAUAUGUGGGAAAAUACUUGAUUGUGGUUAACAUUAAUGUUUAGAAUAAUGUCAUCCAAAAUGUUAACCAUGCAAAUUAAAACCAGAAUUAAUAAUAUUUUGUGCUUGUGGGAAAUAUAAAAUAAAUGAUCUAAUAAAAGAAUAAAGAAAAUCUUGUUUAGAUCCAAUUCCAAAUUGUGGAACUCCAAUAGAAACAACUCUUAAUUGUGGACAUAAAAGUAGAACAAUUUGUGGAUCUGAUUAUCCAGAAUGCACAUAAAAAGUAAAAGAGAAAUGUCGAUGUGGAGAUUCUACAAGAGUAAAAGUAUGUAAUGAUAAAUCACUAUUUGUUUGUGAUGAUGUAUGUAAAAAAAGAAAAUCUUGUGGAGUUCAUUUUUGUUAAAAAGAAUGUUGUCCACCUGGAGAUUAAGAAUCUCAUUUAUGUCUUAAAGUAUGUAACAAACCUUUACCAUGUGGUUAACAUAAUUGUGAUUAAUUUUGUCAUAUUGGUGCAUGUUAACCAUGUCCAAUAAUUAUUAAUUAACCAUUAUUUUGUCCUUGUGGUAAAAGUGUUAAAAAUCCUCCUAUGAAAUGUGGUACUGCACCUCCCUCAUGUUUAGAAGUUUGUAAUAAAAUUUUAGAAUGUGGACAUAGUUGUAAAUCUUUAUGUCAUCCUGGACCAUGUCCUAAUUGUAUGGAAUAAAUUGAAAAAUUUUGUAGAUGUAAAGAAAAUAAACUUUCUACUAUUUGUUCUAAAUAAGCUGUAUGUAGAAAUUAUUGUAAUAAAUUAUUAAAUUGUGGACACAAAUGUUAAGAAAUAUGUUAAGCAUAAGAAUAAUGUCCUGGAAAUGGAUCAGAAGGUUGUGGUUAAAAAUGUAAUAUUAAAAAAUUAUGUAAUCACUUAUGUUAAGAAAUUUGUCAUCCAAAUUUACCAUGUCCUAAAGAACCAUGCAAAAUUUAAAUUAGAAUUGUUUGUACUUGUGGUAAUAGGGAUACUUUCACUGAAUGUGGAGUAGUUGAUGAAUUAAUUGAAAAAACAUUGAAAUGUGAUUAAAAAUGCUAAAAUAUUAAACGUUUUGGUGCUUUUUAUAAAUCUAAUUCUCUUGUUGAUAUUGAAAAAACUUACUAUCCAGAUAUCUUACUCAAAUAUACUCAUUAUAAUUUAUAAAAUCUAUAAAAAAUGGAAGAAAAAAUAGAGCAUUUUCUUGUACAUUCUAAACCUGAAGAGGGAUAUGAUUUUUCAUUUCCAAGAUCUGAAUGGUCUGAAUUAAAAAAAGUUGCUCUAUAAACACUUUUUUCCAGACAUUACAAAUUUGAUGUUUAAAUUUUAAAGACUUAAAAUAAAUAGUAUUUAUUUAGUCUUUAUAAAACUUAAGACACUUGCAUUCCAAAAAUUAAACUAUCUGAAUAUUUUAUUAAAGUAUAAAAAGGAAUCAUUAAAAGAGAUCAUUAACCAUUCAAAGCUAAAAUUAAAACAUUUUAUGAAGUCUCUUCAAGUGAUGCCAUUAAUAUUGAAAAUGCAUUAUCUGAUUUUAAAGGAGAUUUUUAUUCUGAAAGAUAAUCUCAAUAAUUUGUUCUUAAUUUUUGGGAAGAAGCUUAAGCUGAAUUUGCACUUAAAAAAUUAAAAAAAGUUGUUGGAUUACUUAAUAUUAAUUGGGUUUUAGAAAUGAAUCAAUAAUGUUUGGAUGAAUACAAAAGAAUAUUUGAUCCUGCUUAAGAAAAUGAUAUAAUUGUUAAACCUAAAAAAGUUAAAUAAUAUGAAUAUGAAGAAUAAACACUUGAAAUUUAAUACAGUAAAUUAGAAGAAGAAAACUUCAUAAAACUUUAGAAAUAAUAUUCUGAUAAAGCAAAAUUAACUUAAAAAUGUGAUGAUGAAGAAAUUGAAGAAAGAAUCAAUAAUAUGUAACUAUCUAUUUUCGAAUAAGAUGGUUUUUAUUAAUAUGAAAUUCAACCUAUCAAAGAAAAAAUCAUUAGAUCUUUUAAAUAAGAAUAAAAGCCCUUUGUACCAGAAUAUGUCAGAACACCAGAUACAUUAUGUAAAACUAUUGAUUUCAUACUUUCAAACUUUUUAAAAGCAGAUGAACCAGAUUCAGAUUUCAAAAAACCUAUGAAAGGUGAUAUUCCUAGAGAUAUUAUUUAUGAAGACAUUUAUGAAUUCAUUAAUGAUCGAUUUAAAUAAAUUAUUGUGGAAUUGAAUUAUCUUCAAUACCAAAAUGAUAACAUCUAUGGUAUUAUCAUCAUUCAAUAUUUAGUUAAAAUCAUUAGAUUUUACGUGAUAUCUCAUUCUUAAUUAUCAGAUAAUUAAGAAAAUCUUAAAACACUUUGCGAAUUGCUAAAAAAAAUAAAAAAUGACGAAACAUUAUAAUAUACUUUAAUAUUAUCUUGUUUCUAAUAAAUUCCAGAAUGUUCAGAAUUCUAUUCUCAAAUGAUUGAAAUUAAAGAAUAAGAAAAUUUAAGUCCUAUUAUUUAAUCAUUAAUAGCUUUGGCUACUUAAGUGCAAUCAAAAUUAUAUCACAAAUACAUUGAUUUCUAUCAAAAGUAAGAUAAUUUGUUAAUUAAAUCAUUAAUGCAUGGUUUCCUCAACUAAAUCAUUAUAUAAAUUAAUGAAUAAUUCUAACAAAUUGCUUCAAGUUUAGAAUAAGAUUAAACAUUCAUAUCUGUUACUAAAUUAUUAGAACAAUUACAAAUAGAAGAACAGAAUAAUUUAAUUGAAUAUUUGAAUUAAUUAGGCUUGAAUGAUCUUUAAUUUAAAGUUUCAGAAUCGGAUUCUGAGGUUUAAGAAAUUAAUUUCUCAUAAAUUUUAUAAUAAUUACAGAAAAAGAAGCCUUAUGAAAUUUUAGAUCUUGAUAGAUUAACUGUUAUAAUGUGA